UCAGGCUGGUCUCGAACUCCCGACCUCAGGUGAUCCACCCGCCUCUUCCUCCCAGUGUUGGGAUUACAGGCGUGAGCCACCGCGCCUGGCUCUUUUUUUUUUUUUUUUAACGCGGCAGCUCCAAACCCCACUGAGAGUAUAUGCACGGGAAAACUUUCUGAAAUCAAAAAUAUUCUGAAUUCUGGCAACAUACUGGGCCCCAAGUCUUUCGGAUUUAACUCUGCCUCGGCUGUUUUAUUCAGUUAAGGAAACUGAGUCACUCCAUCCCAAAGCCAGAUUCCCGCGGUUCUAAGCUGAAGCUGUCUCGGGUGCAUUUGCAUUCCAAAAAGGCGAAGGGUCUCGCUAUUACUGCUUCUGGUACCUGGAGCUGCCAAGCACCCAGGCGAUGGGGCGCCCCGGGGGAUAUGCGCCAGGCUGGGAGUAUCCCUGGGGGGCGGGGCGAGGGGGCUUCCGGGGCGGCAGCCACCUGGCCAGGCUCCGGCCCCGCCCGCGUCAGCUCUGCGCGGUGAUUCACUCCCUCCUUCGCCCCGGGGCCCCCUUCCCGGCCAGACGGCGGGCAAGACAGCUGGGUGUACAGCGUCCUCGAAACCACGAGCAAGCUUGCAGAUCCUCCGAGGCACCAGGGACUCCAGCCCAUGCCAUGUCGGAUUCUGAGCGCCUCUCGGCCCCUGGCUGCUGGGCCGCCUGCACCAACUUCUCGCGCACUCGAAAGGGAAUCCUCCUGUUUGCUGAGAUUAUAUUAUGCCUGGUGAUCCUGAUCUGCUUCAGUGCCUCCACACCAGGCUACUCCUCCCUGUCGGUGAUUGAGAUGAUCCUUGCUGCUAUUUUCUUUGUUGUCUACAUGUGUGACCUGCACACCAAGAUACCAUUCAUCAACUGGCCCUGGAGUGAUUUCCUCCGAACCCUCAUAGCGGCAAUCCUCUACCUGAUCACCUCCAUUGUUGUCCUUGUUGAGAGAGGAAACCACUCCAAAAUCGUCGCAGGGGUACUGGGCCUAAUCGCUACGUGCCUCUUUGGCUAUGAUGCCUAUGUCACCUUCCCCCUUCGGCAGCCAAGACAUACAGCAGCCCCCACUGACCCCGCAGAUGGCCCGGUGUAGGCGAACUCCCCUCAUUUCUCUCUGCAAUCUGCAAAUAACUCCUCCAUUGAAAUAACUCCUCCCCACCCCAACAACAACAUUCCCAGCCCCACCCCCUCAUUGAGGUAAAAGUGCCUUUAUUGGGAGACUUUUGUCUUCCAGCCUGCCAAUCAACCCUCCUGGGUGUGGCCACCAUAUGCCUGUGCCUAGGUCCUCCUUCUGCACGAUCCAAUAGGAGACACCAGUUCUGACUGAACCAUGCCCCCACCUAAGUCACAAAAUGAGGGAAGUGGGGAGUUAGAUUUCAGAGUCCAGGCCCUAGGUUGGGACCCACUCCAAAUAAUCUCCUCGGUGUGGGUGGUGGUUCUAUAGAGGGAUAAAUGAAUAAUAAACAUUGUUAAAAUAUA